AUGUCCUACUUUCCAGGUCAAGGGUAUAACGGAGGCGGAGGCGGCGGUAAUGGCUAUGGGUACGGUCCUCCAUCUGGCCCUCCUCCUCCCCAGCAACAAUACGGUGGUUACUCUGGGGACAACUCCGGAUCGCGAAGAUACCCUCCCCCGAAUUACCCUCCACCUCCUCAUCUCGAUGCCUACGGAUUUCCUCUCCCGCAGGGCCUGAACCAUCACGCCCAACACGCUCGAUCAGGACCUCCUCCUCCCUCUGUGCCCCAGCAGUUCGGCCACGGAGCCCCCGAAGGCUAUACUUUCCAGUACUCCAGAUGUACCGGUCGUCGCAAGGCACUUCUCAUCGGCAUCAACUACUUUAACCAAGAAGGCGAGCUGCGAGGAUGUAUCAACGACGUACACAACGUUUCGGCUUUCUUGGUAGAGCGCUAUGGCUACAAGAGAGAGGACAUGAUUCUGUUGACCGAUGAUCAACAAGAUCCAGUCAUGAUUCCUACCAGAGAGAACAUCAUCCGCGCUAUGGGUUGGCUUGUGUCGAACGCUCAGCCUGAUGAUGCUCUUUUCCUUCACUAUUCCGGUCACGGCGGUCAGGUCGAGGACCAAGACGGCGAUGAGGAUGAUGGACAUGAUGAAUGCAUUUACCCCGUCGAUCACUCCCAGGCUGGUCCCAUCAUUGACGACGAGAUCCAUUUCCGUGUCGUCAAGCCCUUGGUCCAAGGUGUUCGUCUCACUGCCAUCUUUGACUCGUGUCAUUCCGCCACCGUAAUGGAUCUUCCAUACGUCUACUCAACCAAGGGUGUUCUCAAGGAACCCAACCUUGCCAAGGAAGCUGCAUCAGGACUCUUUGACGCCUUCCAAGCGUACUCUAGUGGAGACGUUUCUGGAGCGGCUAAGUCGAUGUUCAGCAUGGCUAAGAAUGCCUUUAACGGCGGCGAUGAGGCUUAUGAAAAGACCAAGGAUACUCGAACAUCGCCUGCCGAUGUUGUGAUGUGGUCUGGAAGCAAAGACGAUCAGACAUCGGCCGACGCCACGAUUAACGCUCAGGCCACCGGUGCCAUGUCGUGGGCUUUCAUUUCAGCAAUCAAGGCCAAUCCUAAGCAGAGCUACGUUGAGUUGCUGAACAGUGUCCGCGAUAUUCUCGAGACAAAGUAUACUCAAAAGCCACAGCUUUCAAGCAGUCACCCUAUUGACACCGACCUCUUGUUUGUUAUGUAA